CAGUUAUCGAACAACAUGGCGGCCACCACAAGGGAAUCGCCGUCCUCACGUUAUCCUAGUGAGAAAUCGGUGAAAGAAGCCUUAGAUAUGCUUAAACCUCCUGGUAUUCUAUCAAAGGCCUACAACCAAUUCCAACUAAAAAGAUAUCAGCGCGAAGAUGCGAUCAGGAAGAACCAUGUUGUCACUACAGGCGGAGAAGGUGUAACAGACUCGUGGAAAGUCGAGAGACCAAAAUCUUUAGAUCUUGCACAAGAUACCAGCUAUUUCCUUGCCAAGACAGUGCAUCAAAGACCUUCUACAUACGAUCGAAUAAAUCAUGUUGUUGAGGGAUACGAUCAAAAACUCCACCGUGACGACAGAGAACACGCAAAGUCACGAGGACUUACUGUCAAUAGAGAGGAGAUCAGGGUGCCAGUACCUGCGCGGUCCUCGUCUGUGUACGGCCAUCCGCGACUGAAACCUCUAGAGUUCACAGACCGGAAACACGUCAGAGUAGAAAUUUGUAAAAAAGACUUCCUUAGGUUAGGAGGAACCAACAUUGGAGAUGCUGACUAAUAUUUGACUCUUACAUCAAAGAAUUCUUCCACUCACUCAACAGCCCAAGAAGUUUUAAUCUAUGACGUAUCUUAAUUCUUAUGUUUGAAUAUUGCGGCGCGACAGAUGCGAGCGCGGGAUCCUAGUGAAAUUCAUUAAAAAUGAGAAAUGGCUUAAUAUUACAAAUAUCGUUGCCGAAACCCUGAAUAGUGAUUCGUAGAAGUUCACAUGUGAUGACGUGCACGUGAGAUAUAUUGGAGUAUAGUUUCAAUAUAUUAUAUGGAAUUUCUUUUUCUUAAAAGUAGCCUGGAGGAACCUUGAAAAGUUCACACCUGCCGCUUACUUUUUUAGUUUGUUUGUUUGUGCGCUGGUUUAAUUUAUUGUAGUCAUCCCCAAGCGGUAACCUUUUUCACAAGGAAACUGGGUUUUAUAAUACAGCUGUUCUGUUCAAAGUUGCUGGCGCAAAUGUGGCACAAAUGUCAGUCUUCUAUCGAUAAUAAUAGCUUAGGACAUCAGGUGUUUGUUUGAAUGUUUACUGAAGUAACUCUGGUCUUUUUUCUGUUUGAUAUAUUCGAACUUUUAGUAAUUUUUAGUCAGAAGUAGCUUAAAUCGUUCUGCUUUUAGGCGUCUAUCAUUUCAUCCCUUUUGUGGGAUGAAAAAUUAAAUUAAAUUUAAAAAAGGGAUUCGUCUACAGACAGUUUGGCUUAAAUUUUGCCUGAAGUAACGUCAGCUUGACGGAACCGAAUGAAAAUAUCAGUCAAUGACUACAAAAGCUUCAAACGAACAUUCAAGCCGUACUUUUCUUUUUCCAGUGAUAGACAGAAAAUAAAAAAACUAAUGAAGAAUUCUUCCCGAGUAAUGCAGUGUACACCUUUCUGUAGUCACAGGACCAAAUAAACUGAGAAGUACUUUCCAUUCCUCACAGAAUGAGUUAUUGUAGGUUUUCGUAGGAGGUCGUUUGCACAACACUUAAUUUAAUUGUACGUAAAUAAAGCGGUAGAUAGGA